CAUUUAAUCUACUAGCGCUAGAUUUUCCAAAUAAUUAGCUCUGCGACAUAAGAAAGCCGACCGAUUAACGCGUCCGAUGUGCGCUGUGUCAUCAUAAAUAGGCAAUAUGGACUCAUACUCGUAUCGCGAUGCCUCUGGCCGCUCUCCUCCCGAUCGUGGUUGGAGCAGCCGUGACGACCGCGGCAAAGACGAGACUCGCGACAGUUUCUAUCGCGGCCGCUCGCCUGGCCAUGACCGAAGUCGACGCAAUCGAUCGCGUUCCCCUCCACCUGUCGAUAGAUACGAGCCGAGAGGCCGUGGUAGAGACGACUACGCUGGGACUCGCGAUCGAGACGAUCGACGACGUAUCAAUUCACCCCCGGCGAAUAUUGAUCGCUACGUUCCUGGUCAGAGCGGUGGCAAUCCAGCACCCCAGCCUACUGUUAACCCCUUGACUGAUCCGGUCAAGUUGCCUUUCCAAGUUGGAUUCUCGUAUUUUGGCGAAUGGUGGAGAACCAAUGAGAAGAUCAAGGAGGAGAAAGAGCGCGUACGUACUGGUCGUAGACGUGAGCCUGAGCGACCACGUGGUAGAGAAACUCAAGAAGAUCGGGACAAGGAGAAGGCGAAAAUCCAAGCUGCAUAUGAUGCAUAUAAGGAAGAGCUUCAAGCAAAGAUGGCGAGGACUUUUGUCGCCGAACACAAGAAAGAGCAAUGGUUUCGUGAGCGUUAUGUUCCUGAAGUCCGGGACGCCUUGCGUAAGCAGAUGAACGAAUUCCGCCGUGGCGCAUACAGCCAAUGGGAGCAGGAUUUAGAAUCUGGCACAUUUGACGAGUUUUCUCUUGAAGGAAUCCCCAAGAGCGAAAGUAAUGGCCUUGGCGGAGUAGUCGAAAAGGAAGAAGGUGAGGCAACGGCUGCCAAUGAAGUCCUAGGAGUUGGCGAUCUAGUUCCUGCAAACGGUAGUGAUCUCCGAGAUGAGAAUUUGUAUCAGCCUACUCUUCUGAUCAAAACCAUCGCGCCGCACGUCAGUCGCCAAAAUUUGGAGUCUUUCUGUAAAGAACACCUUGGCGAGGAAGAAGGCGGUUUCAAAUGGCUGUCAUUAAGCGACCCUAAUCCUAGUAAGCGAUAUCACCGUAUGGGAUGGGUCAUGCUACAUCCUUCGUCUGAGACGGCAGCGCCUGUUGAACGUGCGGACCCAAAGGACGAUGAUGAGAUGGAUGAUGCCAAAGCCGAAUCACCCGUCGCAACAUCUACCGCUGAUAAGGCUCUUGAAGCUAUCAAUGGAAAAACAGUGAAGGACGAGGUGCGAGGCGACUUUGUAUGCCAUGUCGGCGUCCACAACCCACCGAGCAACCCGCGUAAGAAGGCGUUAUGGGAUCUUUUCUCCGCGCCUGAGAGAAUUGAAAAAGAUCUCAGUCUCGCUCAACGUCUUGUUAAUAAAUUUGAGGAGGAUUUUGGUUCCGACUUCAACGCUACUCUCAAGAUUGAAGAAAGAGUAGAGACUUUACGAAGUGCUGGAAGUCUCCAACCGGCGAUCCCCGUGGCAACACCAACGUCGGCAAAGAAGUCUAAGAAGGAGCGAAAUCUUGAUUUUGACGACGCGAUGGACGAGGGAGAAGAAGGCGAAAUGGGCGAGUCUGACGAAGAAGGCGCCGUUGACGAUGAGGUUGACGAUGAAGACCUAUUAGUAAAGAAGAAGCAGCUCGACCUCAUGAUCGAGUAUCUUCGCAGAGUCUUCAACUUUUGUUUCUUCUGCGUUUUUGAGAGCGAUUCCAUUCAUGAGUUGACGAGAAAAUGUCCUGGAGGCCAUCUUCGCCGACCUCGCAGUACUCUGUCGUCUGCUGCCAAGAAUGUUGCUCGCGCCAGCGCUAGCGGAGAUCCUUUCCCAUCGAAGAAGCCGAAGGAGGCCAAAGAAGAGGAAGAAGGCGAAAUGCCUGAGCCGGACCGCAAGUUCCGCAACGCCUCCAAAUCUGAGCAGCAACUGGAGCGAGCUUACAAGUGGGUCAAGACUUUUGAGGAUAAGAUUAUGCAACUCCUCGAGCCCGAGUCAGUGGACGUUCGAAAACUUGGUGGUAAACCAACUGAGGACGCACUCAAUGACGAGUUAUCCAAGUUUGUGAAGCAAGAAGACGAACACAAAUGGAGAUGUAAGGUUCCCGAGUGCACAAAACUCUUCAAGGAGGAUCACUUCUGGAAGAAGCAUGUCGAAAAACGCCACACCGAUUGGCUUGACAGUAUGAAGCAAGAGUUCGAUCUUAUCAACGCAUACGUGCUAGAUCCCGCACAUAUUGCGCCCUCUAGAACAGAUGCCAAUAGUAAUGGCCAUUUCCCACCUUCUAAUGGUCAGACCCAGCAAGGCACGCCACGUGGAUUCAACCUCCAGAAUUUCACGAUGAACAAUAUGGUCCCGCCAUUCCCUGGUUUUCCGGGUAUUCCGCCGAUGCCUACUCUUUUUGCUGGCGGUCACGGUGUGCAAGCCGCCGGCUGGAACGCCGGGGGUGAGGAACGCGGAACCGGUCCUAUUCGCCGCGGCGGCGCCAACUCCGGACGCUUCCAGAACCGCUCCGGACCUUACGAUCGCCGCCAACAGCAGGGACGUUGGGGCCAGGAUGGUCAGGGCGCAGGACGUGGACGAGGAGGUGCUGGUCGAUGGGGCGACGGAGCCGCUGGCGGAGCAGCGGUCGGCCCACGCGAAGCAGUCCAGGGCCGUAGCCUAAAGAGCUAUGAAGAUUUAGACCACGUCGCAGGUGGCGGCGGCGGCGAGUUAAAUUACUAAAAAAAUUUAUGCUCUCCAGGUUUCUCUACACUCACGGUUCAAUUUUCCCUAAAGAUUUCAGACCCACAUACAGGUUGUCAGGUCAUGACACACGGGCCAUGAGAGGGAUAUCGCGAUUGUACCAUAUCACUGCAUUGCAUUGACUUUGCCUCCUUAAGGCACUUUCGGAAAUCUUGAGGGCUACGGUCUCUAGCUAGUUACUCUUUCAGGUCUCUUGCGCGUUUGACGGCUGAUUACUUCUGCUUGUACAAUACCUACCAAAAAAUGACUUAAUGGAAUUUGAAUUCUCUGACUUUCGUCCCUUCUCAGAUCCUCAUUUUAACAAGUGAUAGCAUGAUU